AUGGGUCGGGGGUUUNAUCAAUCUUCUAGAUUACAGACACACAAAAAAGUACAUACAGGAGCUCGAGAAAACCUUUACAAGUGUGUGAUAUGUACUAAGGGGUUUCCCCGAUCAUAUCAUCUCCGUAGACAUCACAGGAUACAUACAGGAGAGAAAGCUAACAAGUGUGAUGUCUGUAGUAAGGCAUUUUCUCAAUCAUCUGACCUACAGACACACAGAAAAGUACAUACAGGAGAGAAUCCUUACAAGUGUGAUAUAUGUAGAAAGGAAUUUUCUCAAUCAUCGAGCUUUCAGAGACACAGACGGGUACAUACAGGAGAGAAGCCAUACAAGUGCGAUAUCUGUAGUAAGGAAUUCUCUGUAUCAUCUAGCUGUCAGAGACACAGACGAGUACAUACAGGAGAGAAGCCAUACAAGUGCGAUAUCUGUGGAAAGGAAUUCUCUGUAUCAUCUAGCUGUCAGAGACACAGACGAGUACAUACAGGAGAGAAGCCAUACAAUUGCGAUAUCUGUAGUAAGGAAUUUUCUCAAUCAACUAACCUACAGACACACAGACGAGUACAUACAGGAGAGAAGAAACCAUACAAGUGUGAUGUGUGUAGUAAGGAAUUUUCUGUAUCAUCUAGCUUUCAGAGACACAGACAAGUACAUACAGGAGAGAAGCCAUACAAGUGCGAUAUCUGUGGAAAGGAAUUCUCUGUAUCAUCUAACCUACAGACACACAGACGAGUACAUACAGGAGAGAAGCCAUACAAGUGUGAAAUCUGUAGUAAGGAAUUUUCUCAAUCAACUAACCUACAGACACACAGACGAGUACAUACAGGAGAGAAGAAACCAUACAAGUGUGAUGUGUGUAGUAAGGAAUUUUCUCAAUCAUCGAGCUUUCAGAGACACAGACGAGUACAUACAGGAGAGAAGCCAUACAAGUGCGAUAUCUGUGGAAAGGAAUUCUCUGUAUCAUCUAACCUACAGACACACAGACGAGUACAUACAGGAGAGAAGCCAUACAAGUAUGAAAUCUGAAGUAAGGAAUUUUCUCAAUCAACUAACCUACAGACACACAGACGAGUACAUACAGGAGAGAAGAAACCAUACAAGUGUGAUGUGUGUAGUAAGGAAUUUUCUCAAUCAUCUAACGUACAGACACACAGACGAGUACAUACUGGAGAGAAUCCAUAUAAGUGUAAUAUCUGUUGUAAGGAAUUUUCUCAAUAAUCUGAACUACAGACACACAGACGAGUACAUACAGGAGAGAAGCCAUACACGUGUGAUAUCUGUAGUAUGGAAUCUAGCUUGCAGAUAUACAUGAAAUUACAUACAAGAAAAAACCUUUAGAGGUGUACAUGUGAGAUAUGUACUGAGGGGUUUCCCUGACCAGGUCAUCUGUGUAGUCAUCUCCGGAAACAUACAGGAGAAAAGCCGUACAUGUGUGAUGUCUGAGGCAAGGAAUUAUUUAGUCUAAUAAUCUAACUGUAUACACCUGAAAACCCACAGACAUUAAAGAUUACAUACUUGGAGAAGUC